UCACUUAAUCUGGUCAUAUGUUUUACAUGCUUUUGACGCUCUUUUAGCAAACUCCUCGUGCUGGAGAUCAGCACACAGCGGCGAGCAAUGUAUGCGCAGUAAUGCACAUAUACGCGCGGGAAGAAUGUGUGCUUCAGUAAACAGUUAACUUGUGUCAUUGUCACAUCAAGGAUCAGAACUUCCCACAAAAGUGCUGUAUGAUGUGGAGUGUGUCAGUGUGACAGUGAUCGUAAGAAAUGUGGCUAUUUAGAGUGCGGAAGAAAGAGAACGGCUGCAAGUGACAAUGACGACUGAUCGACUGACUUUGAGUGUGGGUGUGUGUGUGAAUGAGCAGAUGAAUGAUAUUGUGUGGAGAGGUGUGCUGUGGUGUUCUGCUUGUGGAGAAAGCCUUACUGGCUAAUGUAUGAUUGAUUCAUCUUUUUUAUUCUGUACAUAAGUGUGAGUGAAAAUGGCAACCUUGUCUGAGCAAGCAUCCAAAUUGCUGGACUUCAACCAGAAGUUGGAUAUAACUCUCCUUGACAACAUUGUAGGAUGCAUGUAUGCAGGAAUUGGUGAACAGCAAAGAGUGGCGCAAGAAGUCCUCACAACCUUGAAAGAGCAUCCAGAUGCAUGGACCCGUGUGGAUGCUAUUUUGGAGUAUUCCAGUAAUCAGCAAACAAAAUACUAUGCUCUUCAGAUUUUAGAACAAGUCAUCAAAACUAGAUGGCGGGUUUUACCUAGAAAUCAGUGUGAAGGCAUUAAAAAGUAUAUAGUAGGUCUCAUAAUUAAAACAUCUUCAGACCCGGAAACAAUGGAAAGAGAAAAGAUUUAUUUAAACAAACUGAAUAUGAUACUUGUGCAGGUCUUGAAGAGAGAAUGGCCCAAAAAUUGGGAGUCAUUUAUACCUGAUAUUGUGGGUGCUAGCAAGACUAACGAAAGUCUUUGUCAAAAUAAUAUGGAGAUCCUAAAACUUUUGAGUGAAGAAGUUUUUGACUAUUCUAGUGGGCAAAUGACUCAGACAAAAGCAAAGCAUCUGAAGGAUACAAUGUGUUCAGAAUUCUCUCAAAUAUUCCAACUUUGCCAAUAUGUGAUGGAAAAUUCCCAGAAUGCUCCCUUGGUUGGAGCCACUUUAGAAACACUUUUAAGAUUCUUGAAUUGGAUACCCCUUGGAUACAUAUUUGAAACAAAAAUAAUUAGCACGCUCAUAUUUAAGUUCCUUAAUGUACCAAUGUUUCGAAAUGUGACCUUGAAAUGCUUAAAUGAAGUUGCUGGAGUAUCAGGAGCAAACUACGAAAACAUGUUUAUUUCAUUAUUUACUCAAACAAUGGGUCAAUUAGAAGUGAUGUUGCCGAUCAACACAAACAUCAGAGACGCAUAUGCAUGUGGUCAAGAUCAGGAACAAAACUUCAUUCAGAAUUUGGCAAUGUUUUUGUGCACAUUUCUCAAGGAGCGUGGUCAACUUGUUGAGAAAAAGGGUCUUAGUGAAGAAUUGUUGAAGGCUCUUCAUUACCUUGUUCUGAUUUCUGAGGUUGAAGAGGUGGAAAUUUUCAAAAUAUGCUUGGAAUACUGGAAUUAUCUGGCAGCUGAUCUUUACAGUGAGAGUCCUUUCAGCCCCCCACCCACUCUCUACCUCAAACCUUAUUCUAAUCUUGCUGUACAAUCUCGUCGGGAAUUUUAUUCUCGCGUUCUCACCAAGGUUCGGUAUAUCAUGAUCAGUCGCAUGGCCAAACCCGAGGAAGUUUUAGUGGUUGAGAAUGAAAAUGGAGAGGUGAUCCGAGAAUUUAUGAAGGACACAGACUCCAUUAACCUUUACAAGAACAUGCGUGAAACCUUGGUUUAUCUCACUCAUUUGGACUGUGCUGAUACAGAAUUAGUCAUGACUGAAAAAUUACAUCUGCAGGUCAAUGGACGUGAAUGGUCAUGGAAAAAUCUAAACACACUUUGUUGGGCUAUUGGUAGCAUCUCAGGUGCAAUGCAGGAGGAGGAUGAAAAAAGAUUCCUUGUCACUGUUAUCAAAGAUCUAUUGGGCCUAUGCGAGCAGAAGAAGGGAAAGGAUAACAAAGCCAUUAUAGCAUCAAAUAUUAUGUAUGUUGUUGGGCAAUAUCCUCGGUUUCUACGUGCUCAUUGGAAGUUUUUGAAGACUGUUGUAAACAAACUGUUUGAAUUCAUGCAUGAAACGCAUGAAGGAGUUCAAGAUAUGGCUUGUGACACUUUCAUUAAAAUAGCCAUCAAGUGCCGCCGGCACUUUGUAACCACCCAAGUUGGCGAAGUGAUGCCUUUUAUCGAAGAAAUUUUGAGUACUAUCAGCACUAUUAUUUGUGAUCUACAGGCUCAGCAGGUUCACACGUUCUAUGAAGCUGUGGGGUACAUGAUUAGUGCUCAGGUGGAUACGAUGGCACAGGAUGUACUCAUUGAGAAGUAUAUGAUGCUCCCAAACCAAGUAUGGGAUGACAUCAUUAGUCAGGCCUCAAAGAAUGUGGAUGUCCUUAAGGAUCCAGAUGCAGUAAAACAGUUAGCAAGUAUUCUUAAAACUAAUGUUAGAGCUUGCAAAGCCCUAGGCCAUCCAUAUGUUAUUCAGCUUGGACGCAUAUAUUUGGAUAUGUUAAAUGUGUAUAAGGUCAUGAGUACAAACAUCAGUGCAGCUAUAGCUGUGAAUGGAGAGGCAGUUACAAAGCAGCCCUUGAUCAAAAGUAUGAGAGUUGUGAAAAAAGAAACUAUUAAAUUAAUUGCUGACUGGAUUUCACGUUCACAGGACCAUGCUAUGGUGUUAGAAAAUUUCAUUCCUCCUCUGCUGGAUGCUGUUCUUCUUGACUAUCAGAGAACAAAUGUUCCAUCCGCACGGGAACCUGAAGUUCUUAGUGCAAUGGCUACAAUUGUGAACAAACUCGAAGCCCAUAUCACUCCUGAAAUUCCAAAGAUAUUUGAUGCUGUCUUUGAGUGUACGCUUGACAUGAUAAACAAAGACUUUGAAGAGCAUCCAGAGCAUAGAACGAACUUUUUCCUUUUAUUGCAGGCUGUAAACAAUCAUUGCUUCCCAGCUUUUCUCAAUAUUCCUCCCCCUCAAUUUAAACUCGUUUUGGACUCAAUUAUAUGGGCAUUUAAGCACACAAUGCGAAAUGUAGCUGAUACUGGCUUACAGAUCUUGUAUCAAAUGCUCCAAAAUGUAGAACAACAUGAGGCAGCAGCCCAAAGUUUUUAUCAAACAUACUUUACAGAUAUUUUGCAACAUAUUUUCUCUGUUGUCACAGAUACUUCUCACACUGCCGGUCUCACAAUGCAUGCCACUAUUCUGGCCUUCAUGUUUUCUCGUGUUGAGCAAAACAGGAUAAAGGUAGCACUUGGACCAACCCCAGACAAUGUAGCUUAUAUUCAAGACUUUGUUGCCUCAUUACUACGAGCUGCAUUUCCACAUCUUACGGACAACCAAAUUAAAAUUACUGUUCAGGGCCUCUUCAAUUUAGAUCAGGCCAUACCUGCUUUCAAAGAGCAUUUACGUGACUUCCUUGUUCAGAUUCGGGAGUACACUGGUGAUGAUGACACUGAUUUGUAUCUUGAAGAAAGAGAGCAUGAACUUCAGUUGAUGCAAGAUGAGAAGAGACGCAUUCAGAUGGCUGUACCCGGAAUCCUCAACCCCCAUGAAAUCCCUGAGGACAUGCAGGACUAGCGGCUGUGAUGUGUGUUUGUGUGUUUACCGCUCUACAAUGUGGUUUCAAACUGUAUAAAGUGGCAUAAUUGUUCUGUUACUGUGAGAGAGAAAGUAGAUUAGGUCAUGUUGACGGUAUGUGCAAGCACUUGCAACUUGAUGAUCGAGACCACCCAGUUUCACCCACCCACGCUAGUUGUUAUUUCUAUGGGAUACAUUACUCCUUCAAGUCACACCAUGUAUGCAAGUACUAAUCAGUUUUAGGAUCAAAAUUUUGCAAUAUUACUCCUAAUGUUCACUACAUGAUACAUCACCAGAGGUGUCUCUCUCUAUAAUUUACCUCGAGUUUCCAGUAAUAAGUCUAAAUUUGUCAGUUCUGCCUCAAACUUGCAUAUUAUUCAGUGUACAGCAUGUAGUCAAGUGGUGAAACAUUUUGUUUUAUUUUGUAACCUCCCUAUGGGCAUUGCUGUUUGCAUUUGUGUCUUUUGAAACCAUGAGUGAUCAUCCCAUUUUUGUUACUAUUUGACAUCAAGUUUUUUUUUAUCAGUUUUAUUUUUGUUUGGUUUUCCUUUUUUAUUGUUAAUUAAUGCAAUGUAGGGUGGUCCAAUAUGGAUGGGUGGUUUUGUUGUGUCCUCUGUUAAUUUUUGAAUGUACAACUAAGACUGUGUGAGAAAUUAUGGAACAUAAACUGCACCCAUAUAGAGCUUCCUGAAUAUUUUUAAAGUUUUCUUUUUUAUUUAAAAUUAAAAAAAAAUGACUUUAAUGUGUUUUACCAACGGGUCUUUUUGUUCAAUCCUCAUUUUUCAAAAAGCUCACAGUAUUUUGGAAAUUUUUGCACAGUGAGUGCUAAUCUUCUGCUCUAUUAGUAUGUUAUCACUGAUUUAAAAGAUUAUUUUAACUUCACAGAGUAGCAUCCCAAGAAAACUUGAUUCUAUAUUUAAAAAUUGUCUUCUAUGAACAUAGUUGUUAAUCUUCUGGGAAGACAAGCUAUUUGUGCUUUUUCAAAGAAAAUUGGUGACCUUCACUCAGCUCCUAAUAUUUCUAUAACAUGUCAUCUCUUCCCUUUUUCUUGUAAUGUGCUUAGUUUUCUGUUUUUGAUAAAAAUACAUUCUGUUGCAUUCAGUAACAUGGAUUGGGAACAAGUGUUCUCAUAAUUAUGGACUGACUAGUGCCGGGAGCUCUAGUCCGCAUUUAUACUAAAAGCUUCUCUGGAUACUGCAAACAAGGGAAUCUAUUAUGUAUAUUUAUUAAAUUAUUUGUACUUGUAGGAUAAGUUCCAACUCCAUGAGAAUGUUAUCAUGUCAUUUGCUUUUUGAUAAACACUACUGUUUGUAACCUGCCUCAGGCAGUGGUCAGCUUAGUUUAGUCUUGUGGUGCAGUAUUUGUACUUUUUAUAUUCUGCUUGAAGCAAUGACUCAAUCUCAGUGAAAGUGCUGCACUUUCUUUUUAUACAUAUUUUUGCAUUUGUGAGGCAGGAGGGAAUGUGGGGUAGGUGUCAGUCUCACUUUGCCUUGUCUUAAGUACUUGCGCCACUUACUGUUAACUUUUUGUGUCUAAUACUGAUUCUGGUUUGUAUUGAAAAUGAAAAUGGUUUGAAGAAUUACCCUGGUACCUGAAAUUAUCAUUAGUGUUGCCUUAAAACAGUUCAAUGAUAAUAAUAGCGUGAUUGAGUGAAUUAGUCCGUGAGAAAGUUGGCUGACCAGCUAAGGUUUCCUUUAUUAGCUACAGUGUUUUACUUGUGAGUAAUGACGGCCUGCAUAGUUAAGGGAGAGCGAAUGGUGGAUGCCUGGAGUGAGGGCGUAUUUUGUGGGAUAUUGUAGCGAAUGGAGGCUCCUCAGGUCUCAUGUUGGUGUAUCUCAGAGCAUGGAUGUGUUUGAACUGAUGUGUAUUGACCUCUGAAUGUUGUAUGGAUGUGCUUCUGGUUGAGUGAGAUUGCAUGUGUGUGAUUCUUGUUAUUCAUUCAUUCAACCUGCUUACUUUGACAAAUUAAGAAAGUUUCUUUGGCAUUUUCUAAUGUUUAUUUCUUUUCUUAUCUGUUAAAAGAAAUCUUAUGGAUUAAUUUGUUAUUGGUUUCAUCCAGUUUGUAGGGUUACUAGCCUUGAUCCAUGAAAGAUUUUUGUUGUUGUAAAAUUUUAUCUGCACCUUGUAGUAAUUACUGUUGAUUCAUCGAUGAAUUUGUUUUCUGCUCUUUCAGUAAAUGAAGGAGCAAGGAGGAGCUUGUCACAUUGGUCGAAUUGCAGUGGAAACAGUGUCUACCAUCAGUAGUUGAAUUCCACUCUUAAGAUCAUAAAGACCCUUAUCUCCCAAAAAGGAAUUUUUUAAUUUUUUUUAAAUUACUUUUUUUUUUUUUUUUGUUCUCACCUUUACUAUCCCUACUUUUCCUUUUCAGUGUGGGGUUAGGGAAUGGGGGAGGACAUCUCUUUCCUCUCCUCACAUGUACAUUAGCGUGUUGUGUAUUUGUGUGAAGUGUUAGACUUUUGCUAAACUGUAAGUAAUUCUUAGUGAUCAUUAAUAUAAUUAAUUAUCUUUAUUAUA